AUGGCGAGGAAGAAGAAGAACAGACCUGGGAAAGAACCCAUUGUUUUACGGAAGAUGUACAGAGACAACGUUAGGAGUUUAGCCACGACUAUUACUAGCAUAAUCUAUCGGCCUCCUCGUCCCUUUACUUGCACCCUUUGUGAAGGCAUUUCUUGUCUUCGAUGCUGUGAAGACCCCAUGGCUUUUCUUUUACGACCUGAUGACCCUUUGGAUUACAUCAGUCUUCUCAAUGAUUGCUUUGUUGUGGUUAAUGAUGAUGCUCCUUACCUUGACUUUCAUCCCGAUCAACUUUGGGAUCAAAAAAAGAUUGUGGUAAGGGCUAUAGAGAGGUCAUGUCAAGGAUCUAAGCCUCCUAAUGUCAUAUUUUCUGGUUAUAACAAGCUUAACGAAUCGAGCCAGAUUGUGGAGUGUUUGACUUCUUCAGCAUGGAAUAUUCUCCUUGGAAGGGUUGGAGAUGAGUGCAUGUUUUAUCUACUGAGGCAUACUUCAAUAUUUGUUCCCAUUUCUGACAAGAAACACCUUCAAGUUGUAGGUUCUCCUGUCAAAUACACACGCAAUAAGUCGUCAAAGACAGUAAACAUACCUCAAUCUGGAAAGAAAAGGAAACGGACUUUUGGUUGCAAAUUUCCUUCCAAUGGAGAAAUUCAAGGAAGCUCAAUUCAGACUGCAGAAGAGCACAAACCAUUUUCAAGACCGCCUAAAUGGAAACGUGGAAAGAGACGCCAAUCGCUAAAUAUUCCAGAAUGCGGAGACAAGUCCAUUGUUAGAACCACAUGCUUUUAUGAAGAUUGCUUGCCCAGGAGUCUCUUGUGCCCCAUCAACACAUAUCAAACGACUGUUCAAUGUUCCUGUUAUUUGGUGCUAAAAGCGCCACACAAAGUCUCUAAUUCGGUUGAGAUUAACAGACAAUAUAUGUUCUAUAAUUUGGAAGACUCUUCAUAUGUUCUUCCAAGAGAACAUAUACUAAAUACCUUAGUGCCAAACUUUACAAGCUCGAAGUGUCUCAUGGAGAAUAUCUUUGGUUUGACUGAGGCAAAUUUAAGCAAUCAUUCAGUAGCAUGCUCCCACAAUGUUGAAUGUGGUCUUGCUGGAUCCACUUGCCUGUAUCACUCAUUUCUGAAGUUGUUGAAACUGCUCAUACGCAGAACUAGGCGGUGCAAUCAUUUGAAGCUGUUGAAUAAAUAUUGUCCUCUACCAUCUUCGUAUCGAAAGACUGGAAAGUCUAGAACAAUAAUUGAGGUUAGUAUUGCUUGUGAUAUUCAUAUAAGGCGUUCGAAGCUGCAAGAGACAUCAUCUAAAUUGCUUAGGUGAAUUUUUUGCCAGGUUUCUGCUACAGAUAAUAUGGAGCUUAAGUCAACCAUGCCUUAUUGCUCGAAGUCUCAGGUAGUUGAUUUUUUGUGGGCCGUUUGUAGGAGUUUGGUUCCUCAAGAUUUGUUGGGAACUCCUUCUACCCGGAGAUCGCUAAAGAGAAAUAUUUUCAAAUUUCUUCAGCUGAGAAGAUUUGAGAAAUUCUCCAUAACGCAAUGCAUGCAUCAAAUAAAAUCUACAGAUUUCCCCUUUUUAUCCAGAUUUUCCCUUGUUAGUUGGAUUUUAUGGUUCUUUUCAUCUUUAGUGGUGCCAUUGGUGCAAGCUAACUUCUACGUCACAGAAGGUGAGCGUGGGAAACACACUGUUUUUUAUUAUCGCAAACCUGUUUGGCGGAAGUUCAUAGACCGUGCUGUGACUUGCUUGAAAGAUCGAAGUUAUCGUGAAGUGGGUGAGGAUGCUGUUAGAGCUAUUAUACACAGAAGACCAUUUGGUUUCUCAAAGCUGAGGAUUUGUCCAAAACAAAAUGGAGUUAGAAUGCUAACGAAUCUCAAUACAUCCUCAAAAAUGCUGCAAGAGAGAACCCCAAAAUAUAGAUGUUCUUGGAUGCUGAAAAUUUUGAAACCUCGACCAAGAACAUAUAAAACCAAACGUGUUAGCUCGGUAAACUUCAGACUUCGCGGCGUACAUGCAGUUCUAAAAGGUUUACUGUUGAAAGAACCUGAGAAGUUAGGGUCAACAGUGUUCGAUUACAAUGAUGUCUACAAGAAGUUACGGCCUUUUAUAACCAGUCUAAAGAACAUAUCAACAACUAUGCCUGGUGUAUAUAUUGUUGCUGCUGAUGUUUCCAAGGCAUUUGAUUCUGUUAAUCAGGAUAAGCUGCUUAGGAUGAUUGAAGAUGUCAUGGUGAAAAAUGUAUAUAUCUUACAACAGAAUCAUCAAGUUGCAUGGUUUAAAAAAAAAUUGUUGGAUUGCCAGAGUCUCAUGUUGGUGGAUGAGACUGUUGACCCGGGUUGGACAAACAUACUGUCUUCUGCCUCAUGGCGCUCACUGUUUGGCGUUGUUGCUGAUCAGGGGUGCUGCUCGAGAAUUUUAAAGCGAGAGCUGUUUUCUGACCUACAUCAGCUUUUAAAGUGCAAUGUGCUUCAAUUGGAUUCAAAGUUUUAUUUGCAAAAGUUGGGGAUACCUCAAGGAAGUAUCUUAUCCACCCUGCUUUGCUCGUUAUAUUAUGGGCAUAUGGACAAGCAUGUUAUAUUUCCAUACCUUGAACGUGUGACGGAAGCUUUGUCCUCGAGACUUUUGCCUUUUAAUUCCUCGGAUGCAGCCAUCUUUCCACCUGCUUAUUUGCUUCUAAGAUUUGUUGAUGACUUUCUCUUCAUAUCAACUUCGAAGGAUCUGGCUAGUGAUUUUUUGUCCAUGUUGUGUCGAGGAUUUUCGGAUUACAACUGCUACAUGAAUGAGGAAAAAUUCUGUUUCAAUUUCGACAUUGAGAAUCAUUUUGGGAUUUUAUCAAAUAGGCUUUUUACGGGUGAAGAUGGCUCCUCGUUUAUUCCGUGGAGCGGUUUGCUUAUAAACUCGAAGACUUUAGAAGUUCAGGGUGAUUAUACAAGGUACUUGGGUAUGCACUUAAGGUGCACGCUUACUGUCCGAACGAGAGGACGACCGGGCAAGCAUUUAAAGGAAAAGCUGUGCGACUUCACGAGACCCAAGUGUCACCCGAUGUUCUUCGAUCUAAAUAUCAAUUCCUCAUCGGUUGUAAGACUGAAUGUCUACCAAGCUUUUCUGUUGUGUGCAAUGAAGUUCCAUUGUUAUCUCCAAGAAUUAUCAGAUUUUUUCCGGCCUCGCAGAACAUAUUGUCUGAAAAUCAUAGUAAAAUCCUUCAGGUACAUGCAUGGGCUGAUAGAGAAACAAAUGGGUUCCGUUCGUCCGAGUUUGGGUUCGUGUUCGGAUCAUAAACAUAGAUUGGUGAGGGAUGAAGUUGAAUGGCUGGGAUUAGCUGCCUACAUCGAGGUGUUAAACAGGAAGCAAGCGAGGCACAAAGCAUUGCUUACAAAGCUAAGAUCCAAGUUUUAUGGUCAUAGAAUCACUGGGAAUGAUUCCUCUGAAUUGAGAUACGCAGUUGAAAGAUCGCAUUCUUCUAGUUUGUGGAAAAUCGAGUUUUAGAUUUCUCUUUUUCUUUUGUCUUGCACAUUAUCUUAUUGU